AUGGCCUCCCCUAGCGUUCUCACCUUUGACGCUGAGGGUCGGGCAGUUGACUUCGAGGUCUGGGUAGAUGAUCUGCAGCUUUUCCUACAGUGCGAUAGGGCGGACGGCCUCUCCCUCUUUGACAUCACUUCGGGUGACUCUCCUGCCCCUGCUGCUGAUGCUGACGCCACUCUUCGCUCACAGAGGGCCACGCACGAUGCUGCUGCUCGCCUUGCUGUGCGUCGACACUUACCGACCACUGAGCGUGCACACUUUAGCCAGUACAAGAGUGCUCACACCUUGUACGAUGCUGUAGUUCCCCACUACUCUUCCCCUGCCACUGCUGCACUGAGCCGCCUCAUGCUACCGUACCUCUUCCCUGGCCUUGCUACCUUUCCCACAGUCGCUGACCUCAUUACGCACCUCCGCAGUAGUGACACUUGCUACCGCGCUGAGCUUCGUGCUGAGUUCUGCGCCAAGAACCCCCCCCCCCCCCCCAUGUACAUCACCCUCUACUACAUAGUCACCCGGCUCCCUGACUCUCUUCGCGUAGUCAGGGACCACUUCCUCUCAGUUUGCCCCACCACUCUCACCGUUGACCUCCUCGGGAAGGCCCUUUUAGCAAUAGAGAAGAGCAUAGUCGCUGUAGGAGCCUCUCGUGGUGACCCUCGCACCCCCAUCUUUGAGGGGUGUUCUCCCUCCCCCCUCUUGCCCUCUGUUGCCUCUUCUGCUGCGGCUGACCUCGUUGUGGUGCCGGGGGUGGCGGCGGCGGCGGCAGCAGUGGAGGAGGCGGAGGCGGUGGAGGUGGCGGAGGGAGCGGAGGCAGUGGAGGUGGCGGAGGAGGCGAAGGUGGAGGAGGCGGCGGCGGCAGCGGCGGCGGCGGUGGUGGAGCGGGUCGCGACUCUGCAUAGAGGAGUGGCUCAGGUGGUGGUCCGCGCCAGCAGCAGCAGAGUGGUGUGA